CACAACAAUUCUGCUGACCACUCUCCGGGAAUACUUUCAACGGCGAAGACUCCACAAUGUCUCAUGCACAAUCUGCCCGUAUCGGACGAAUGCACCUCUCCAAUCUUCCACCUGAGAUCUGGUCUCUAGUUGCUGAACAGAUCCAUAGCCCACAAACGUUUAUCCAAUUAAUACAAGUCUGCCGUACCUUCCAUAGCAUUUUCGUCCCCUUCCUACAUCGCAGCCACUCUCUCCUGUUAAGUCGAAAGCCAGCUCACGACUGGCUGUCAUGGCCUAUACCCGCAUAUCUAAAGCACGCUCCUCAAGGAGUUCAGGGAGAGUAGAUAUAUGUACCAUGGAGAGCAAAUGAACAAAAUAUACGGUGGAUUUGUGGCGAAUCUUAUCAAGCAAAUGCCAGUCCUACAAUCCUUCAGAUGGAGAGAUAUUGCUUUUCAGGACAUUUUCGAAACAGCGUUGAUACUCCGAAACAAUAGGCUUCUUACUAGUCUGAAAGAUUGCAAGACACUAAAACAUUUGUUUUUACAGUUUGGGAGUCAAUACAUUGCUGAUGGAAUGGGAGCCGACAACUGCUGGACCAAGCUCAGAGGCUUCCGGAACUUGACGUCGUUGGAGCUUUACCAUUUCUUCGGAGACGAAACAAGACUGAUUCGAGAUAUCGUCAUCCUCUUGAGCGACAGCCCACACCUGAAGUGUUUAGGCCUUGGCAAGGCUCACGAUGCAGAUUGUGACGGGACACCAGAAGUCAUUAUUACAGAUGGUAAGUACAGAUUCUUCAAAAAGCUUUGCAAAAGAUAUGCUUCACGUCAAAAAAAGAAUACACCGCCUUUGAACUUGGAGACUUUGAAGUUGGGUCACGGGAUGUUUCUUAAGCCGUCAGGAACACGGGACACUGGUAAUUAUCUUGCCAAGCUUGUCAAGCUUGACAAACUUAAAGUCCUACAUUUGUUCAACAGUCUGCUAUUGGAGCAUGAGGACUCUGAUAUUGAAGAGACUGUAAUCGACUGGAGUCUCUUCGCGGAUUGCCACUCGAUACGUCAGCUCUCGGUUUCCAGAUUUACCACCGAUGUCAUUGACUGGCUUCGGGGAGGCGGUAAUACUGUUCAAGAAUUGUUGGUUGCGGACCACUAUAGCAUGUACGACACAGAUCUUCACCAUUUUAGUCUUUUGAACCUUGCAGGACUAUCAAUGCUCUAUGUUAGGGAGGUCUUUGUCAAGAAAAUGGGCGAGGAAGACGAAUGGGAAGAUAUAGAUUCGGAUACAGAUGCAUUCGGGUCUGACGAUGACGAAGAUAUGUCAGUAGACGUGGAACCCUCCGAAGAGAAGUCUGAGAUCGUGGACAAGAGUAAGAUGACAGUUCUGGACCGGCUACCGGAUGGAGGGACUCAACUUUCGAGAUUGGCUCUGUCUCUCGAGUUCGAAGACCAAUGGGCACGAUUUUCCACUCACCUCCCGAAGCUGAAAUUACUCACGGAACUUCGAAUUGACCCCAAGAGCGCUCGUGGAGGCAGAUACCCUCGUGAGACAGCAUCUUUGUGGGCCGGGGUCGAAAGAGACGUCGACAUUGCCAAGCGAUAUGUUCAACUUGCGAGAUCACUUUGCCCUUCGCUGCAAUACGCCCAAAUCAGAGACUGGGCCUGGCAAAUUACGGUCCCUCCAACAGUUGUUCUAGGUGAAGGUGAGGAUAUCUACCAUCAAAUUGAGCUUCGAGAAUUGGGAUUCGAUGAAAAGACAUCUAUCGAAUUAUUUUCAUAUCACAAUUUUACGAAUCAGUCUGGUCUGCUUGGACUUGACGACUACCACGAACCCCUCUCCGAAGAGGAAAGUCGGAAAAUGGACCUGCAGAUGGAAGAAAUUGAUGCAGCACUGCGGGAAGGACGCGCUGUCAGAAGACUGUUUGGUGAAGGUCCUGAUAUACCCCUACCAAUUUUUGAUUAGAAUUCACACCCAGUGCUUGAUUUGUUCUUUAGAUCUGUUUAAGCAAGUCCGUGGGAAUUUUUAUUUGUAUGGUCGGUUUAGCCUAUACACUCUAUUCAUUUCAGUCUAUGAGUAGCAUAUUUGUGCAUCCGAUCUCUACGUUAUAUG